AAAAGUGCAGACCUGGACGAGAUGGCAUGGGUCAGCUACGACGAAGAAAUCAGAGGCGGUGGGGGUUGAUUGUGACGAAGACAACAAUGACGGCUAGGGUGGCUGAGACGAAGACGAUGACAACGUGCGUGCAUUGGCUACGAGGAAGUCGGCGCUGGUCAUCUCCUUCACUCCAUCGCUGAUUGCUAGUAGGUCUGGACAGAGGAGAUGCAUCGCAGUUCGUUCCAAGAGGGAUAGUGAGAGUCGCAGUGUCGUUACGAGGGGGAGAUAGAGCGAUAGGCUGGAGGUUGAAUUUUUUAAAUCACAUUUUUGGAAAAAUAAAAAGGGGUCAUAUUUUGGUCCUUUAAAAGUGGCUAAGUCAUAUUUUUUAAAUGGUUUUGGACAUUAACUAUUGAUUAGCGGCCGUUCUGUCUAGGGUUUCGCCUAACUCUUUUCGUUUGGUGGUGAUCAUCCGAUCGUCAGCCGGUUUCUGAAGGUGGUUCAGCCUGUUACAGGAGAGCCCAGUUUCAUAGGAAGGCUGAGGGAUCUUCUCAGGCGGUUAUUUACGAGCUUGUUUUUUGCCACAAUAUGAGUAUUGUGACUUAGAAUUGCAGGGGGCUGGGGAAUCAGACCACGAAUCUGAGCCAACAAAGUAUUUUGCUAGAACUCGUUCAACACAGAUGGUGAACUAUGAUAAAUCCUCCGUGGUGUUCAGCCCAAACACGGCCAAGGCAGUCCGGGUGGAGUGUAGAGCGGCGCUCAAAGUACUCGAGGAGGAGGAACAUGGGAGAUAUCUUGGCUUACCAGCGCUAGUUGGCAGCAAUUUUGGGCUAUAUUCGAGACAGAGUGUACUCCAGAAUUAAAAGCUGGAAUAACAUGUUUUUAUCAAGAGCAGGAAGGGCGGUUCUGUUGAAAAAUGUGGUGCAAGCUAUGCCUUCUUAUGCUAUGAAUGUGUUUAUGCUACCGAAGGAACUUUGUGACGAGAUAGAAAAACUUAUGAAUGACUUCUGGUGGAGGGGAUCAAAGCUGGAUCAGAAGGGGUUGCGAUGGAGGAGUUGGACAAAUCUAAUUAGACCAAAGGAGAUGGGGGGACUGGGUUUCAGACGACACAGAGAAUUUAAUCUAGCCAAGUUAGCUAAACAGGGGUGGAGGCUAAUUACAGAUGAAAGCAGUCUGGUGAGCCGAAUACUGAAGGCAAGGUACUAUCCUAAUUCUUCAUUCUUAAAUGCUAAAUUGGGUAGUAACGUAACCCGUCAUUUAUUUGGAGAAGUAUUUUUGAAACCCAAGAGGUGCUGAGAGGAAAUAUCCGAAGGCGAGUGGGCAAUGGAAUGGAUGUCCAGGUUUGGGCUGAUGCUUGGUUACUAGGGGAAGGGGCAGGGAAAAUUAUUACCUCCUCGAGACCUCAAGGAGUUAGAGAUAUUAACUCGGCAGCCCUUAGAGAUAUUACUGGGAAAGCUUGGAAUAGGGAAAGAAUUUUACCCCUUUUAAAUGUGUCCGAUCAGGAAAAAAUUUUCAGCAUUCCUAUUAGUUCUCAAAAUAGGAAGGAUGAUUAUUGGUGGAAUGGAGAGGCAAGGGGGGUGUUCUCUGUUAAAAGUUGUUACCGAAUUCUGGUAGGAGAGAUGAUUUCCGAUGAAUGGGGGCGGGGGGAAAUCGUUGUGGAAUCUAGCGGUUCCGCCGAAAUUCAAGUACUUAGCAUGGCAAAUGUUAGACGGUACCCUUCCUACGGUUGAUAAUCUAAGGAGGAAAGGAGUGAGCAUUCAAACUGGAUGCAAUUUGUGUGGUGCCUCGUCUGAAUCGGUUGAUCAUGCACUACAACAGUGCGCAUGGGUCCAACAAGUCUGGGAACAGGAAGGAAUACAGGUGGAGCUGGAACGACCGGUAGGUGAAUGGCUUCGAGGAAGAAUGGAUACGGGCAGUAUGGAGGAAAGAGGUAAGUUUGUGUCAUUAUUAUGGAGUAUUUGGAAAAAAAGAAAUAAUACGAUCUGGAAGGGGCAGAAAGACCCAACAACGAGUGUUGUCAAUGGUUCCAUGAGCAUGGUUUCCGGACGGAAGGAUGCUCAACAAGAACCAGCACGAGCCUCGAUGCGGGCUACAAACGAGGUUUGUAAAUGGUAGCGGCCAGAUAGAGGUUUUAUAAAAGUUAAUGUGGACGGUGCUGUUAACGAGAAUGGGGGAAUAAGAGUCCGGGGACCAGGGAUGGGUGGCUCGCGACGAAGAUGGCGGCUUCGUCAGGGCAGCAGGUUCAUCGACCUUGGCAAACUGGUCUGCGGCGGAAACAGAGGCAGUUGGCAUCCGGGACGCGAUGUUGAAGGCGGUGGCCAAAGGCUGGGAUAGAGUGGUUUUUGAGUUGGACGCGCUUAUGGUGGUUCAAGGAAUUUUGAAGGGCAGCGGUUCAGCUUAUUUACACCUUAUUGUUGAUGAUAUUAAGCAUAUUUUAGAAUCAAAGAGUAAUUUUGUUGUCUCUUUUUUGUAAACGGUCUGUGAAUCGUGCGACUCAUGCUUUGGCAAGGGCACACGUGUUGAUCUCAGAUCAGAAGGUUAUAUAUGAUGUUGCACCCCUUUCGAUUGUAAGCCAAUUGGCUAACGAUUUACUUGAUUAAUGGAGUUGUUGAUUUUGAUGAUAAAAAG